UAAAAUUGUUUGGAAAGGUAUGUUGCUUUGAUUGAGGAUGUUUCAUGUGUGGCAGUUAAGCAUAUAUAUAUAUAUACGGUAUAUGGCGAUCUGCAGGGAAUUUGCAUUUGGACAUAUGCAGGCGAAGGAAAGUUGAUGAAACGAAACUUUACAACUAGUCGGCUACAAAUAUAGUAGUAUUGACUACAGUAGAUUUCGACCCUAAGUGAGCAACCAUCAGAAACCUAAAAACAGUACAUACGCGACCUACUACUUUAAAUGGGCCGAAGUGUUUCGCUUGAGUAACUGCUGACGUCAGUCGCUAGCAACAGCCGUGGUAACCAACAACGCCGCAUAACACGAUUACAGCUGAAAUCAUUCCUUCGAAAAAGACGUCGUGUCAGAUUUUAUAACCAUCUCUUUACAAUGGGGUGUGGGCCUUCUAAAGAUAGUGUGAAAGCUAUUACCACUGGCGAAGAUGGCCAAAUUAGAUCAAAAAGUGCAUCAAAAGUAAAAGUAAAGUCAGCAAAAGAGUCGGCUGUUAAUGAAUCUGCCGCAACUAUCGUUGGAGCAACCAAAUCCACAUCUGCGAAAAGCAGAGACAGUGGGAUUCAAGAAAUGGAUUAUGAAUCAGGAGACAUCAUCACUGAGAAUUCGGAUCCUAACCGUGUACAAGAAGUUGAGGCUGAUGGACGUCCUGAGACACCAGAUUUUGAAUUGGUAGGCAGGCAACUCACCAGUAAGAGUGCUGGACGAGAACGAAUAAAGUCAAGAGCCAUUUUACAAGAACUAGAGGCAGAAGGAUUAAUAACAGGUUCAAAAGUACAAAAGGGAGGUGCUGCCUUUGAAGUGCGUGCGGGUCCAUUACAACCACUGGAACCCCUGGCCCCCAUCCGAAGGCCCCCACCAAGGUUGGAAAAGUUGAAACGAGAAUCGAGUACUUUAACCAAAGCUGAUCUUGAACAGAAAUUAAAGGCUGCAGAAGAAAGAAGGAAGAAAAACUUGGAAAAGAAAACUAGUCGACUUGCGAUGCAACUUGCGAGAGACAGAGAAUUGGCAAACAAGUUUGAAGCUGAUAAUGCAACUUUGGAAUUUGAAAAACAACUUUCGACCGAUCCAUUUAACCAGGGAAGAGGAGAGAGAACUGAUGCCAUUGAGAAUCCUCUUACUAAGAAGACUAUCUUUGAUGAAGCAAGUCUCAGUAGUUUGGAGGAUGGAGAUGCCAAACCAUCCGAUGACUUUUACACCAACACUGUGAACUCCAACUCACAAAUUUUCGACUAACUUCUGAAGCACUGGCGCAGAAGGCUCAUGCAUUCUCUUCAGAAACCUGUAAUAUACAUUUCAAGGAUUUGCCCAUUAGUCUUCUAAACCUAAAGACUACGUAUGGCUAAACAUGUUAUGUGUGGCCGAAAUGCGACACACCGCUUUCAAACAGCAUUAUUGCAGUUGAUCUUUAAGCUUAUUGUUCUUCCUUUUUCAUAUUCUUCCACAUAGGCAACUUUUUUAUGUAAAAUUACUUCUUCCGUCCAGUGUUUUAAACUGCAUGUGCUAUAAGAUUGCCUUAAACUGUCCAUAGUAACUGAAACUGUUUUCUUUUCAUAAAAUUUGUGUUUUAGAAAUACUUUUUUAAAGCCUUUUAAUGUUUAUACCUGUAAACUUAUUUUUUUUAUAAUUUUAGCGAAAUAGAAAAAUUGAGUUUUUUGCUUUUGUUAAUAAAUAUACAUGCUUUUA